AUGAUUGCGUUACAAAAUCGGCCCAUCUUGCCUCCCGCCAAAGUGGAUAUCUCACUGCUACUCAAGCCCCAAGAUGAGGAAGAAGCCACCCAGGUGAACAGCUCCGCCACCUAUCCACCAAUUUCCAUCCCGGCACCGUAUCCGGGCUCAUCGGCGCCCAUCCUGCCACCGGGGCCUGGCCUCGUGGCAGCUCCGCCGCCGCUGACGAAGAGCAACCCCGGGAAGCGUCUACAACCGGCGCACACUUCCGAAUCUCCAGCCAAGAAGCAAUCUAAGUGGUCACCGGAAGAAGAUGCCUUGAUUAUUGAGCUGCGGGGCAGUGGGAUGAAGUGGGAGGACAUCAGCAGACGAUUGCCGGGCCGGAGUGCCAUCAGCUGCCGGCUGCACUAUCAGAACUACCUGGAGCGCCGCAGUGAGUGGGAUGAGGACAAGAAGAACAAAUUGGCACGAUUAUAUGAGAGAUUCAAAGCAGAGAUGUGGUCCAAGGUUGCCGAGGAAAUGGCUAUCCCAUGGCGAGCCGCCGAAGCCAUGCACUGGCAACUGGGCGAACAAGAGAUGGCUCGUCGUGCUGGCGUCGUGCCAUUCUCCCUGUCCAGCACAGCAAUCGACCCUCCUACCACGAGAACCCGCCGUGCCAGCACUUCACUAUCGCGGCCACGGAAAGGGUCGACCUCCCGUGCGAUUCCCGGUCACCACCCGGGCCUUCCCCCACAGCUUCCAUCUCUGGAGGAAUUAACGGCGGGCGUUCCUGCAUUCGCACCAGCUCCGCCGCCGCCACGGGAGUUUUAUGGAGUUGGACGACCACCUGAGAUGGCCGGCAUCCCACCUCCCAUGGGCCCUCAUAUGGGUAUGGGCAUCCCGCCUCGUACCUUGCCCUAA